AUGUACGGACCCGCAAGAGAGAUGGGGCCCCCUCCCCUGGAUUGGCCUCCACAGCCCGUGGAGAUGGACCCCUUGAGCAAUUCAAGGACUCUACCAAGUCCUCAAGCAUCAAUGUCUGCCUCCAAUGCUUGGGACGCUCUGCUUCAACCUCAUCCCUUCGGUGAAUUAUCCUAUGGAUCUCCGAACCAUGCGAGGCCUCAGCAGCUCCCAAUGGACGGCCCGAAUCGUGCUUCUCCACCGACCCAAUUGCCUUUGGUUCAAUGGUAUAUGGGUAAUGACGGACCUUGGAUCCCUAAGGGGAUAUCAGAGAUCGUCCCAGACGACAGGUCUCAGUCAAGACAUAUUGACAACCGAAGUCAUCUAGCAUACACAGGUCAGUAUAAAGCACCCAACCCAUCGGACCCAGGAUCAUUCCAAUAUUGUGCACCUCAUUCGGACUCCGGUUAUGGAACCAGGCGUAGUGAUGGGAACCCCUCCGUGUUCACCGCCGACGUUCCAGAAAGGGAUCAAGACUGCCAGAGUCUUCAAGGACAUGUCCCCGACUAUCAGGCGUUUCCUGUGCUCAACGAUAUGCUGCAGCGAGAUGUUAGAACUGCUGAACCAUCAUGGAGUUACCCGACCUCUUCCCCUUCGGACUCAUCUAAACUCACCUGCCCAACAUGCCGGAAACAUGUCAAAACCCAAUCCGAAUUGAAGAAGCACGACUUACGACACAGAAAGCCAUUUACGUGUACAGUCCCAGGAUGUCCACGCACCGAAGGAUUUAGUACUACGAAUGACUUGGAAAGGCAUACCAAGAGCAAGCAUCCUUCAGCCAUGUCGGAAACUGCAAUGACCAAGAAGUUCCGCUGUCUUGUGUCCGGAUGUAAAUCCAAAGAGAAGUCAUGGCCACGUUUGGACAACUUCCGGAGUCAUCUUAAACGAGUCCAUGGAAACCAGUUGAGGCAUGAUGAUGACUUCGACGAGCUCAUACGACGCGGUGAAUAUGUUGAAAGGAAUGGCCUUACGAUACAGGACAAGGAAUCAACUCAACGGCCCAAUCUGCCGGAGCCACCCCGCACCAUGAAGGCAGAUAUUCGCGACACACAGUCCGGUCAAUUGGCCGAAACAAAUUGGAAACCCAAAUCCCUUUAUCCCGAGGUUAUUGAAUCGUCUCAGGAUUUUAUCGCCCCCAAAGGACCCCAACCGGACUUUGAUUCCAAGGUGGCUGCAACCAAUAAGAGUUCUCCAUCCGAGACCCCACAGCAGGAAACCGUCCAACCUUUGGAAGUUUUCCGGACCCAGAGUCGCAUUUUGGAAAACAGGAUCGAUGUGGAUAAUGUUCUAGUCCCAGUGGGCCAGAGUAAUUCGACAAUUUCCAAAGUUGAACCUGCAAGUUCCCAAGCGGUUCCAAGAGGGAGUACCACUGGUAAGGCUCCAAGGCAGAAUCCAGUGUCAGCCUCAGAUGCCACUAUUUUGGGGGUAGUCAAACAGGCAUUGGCGGGAGCCAAGAUUACUGACGUUUCUCCUGAUCGUGCAACCCAUCAGGAUUCGGAACGGAACCACUUGCCCAAUGGAAGGUUGUCCUCGCGCGAUCAGUGGCCCGCUGGUCCGAGUUCGGCGAUGCCGACCUCAAGUGGAGCAAACGGCCGUAUUAAACCAACGGAUGCCCCCUCCCCUGAAGAGGCAGCCCGGGAUUCUGAGGCUCAGAAGAAGGCUCUAGAGGUUCUCAAAGUCAUUCGCGAACUUGGUUAUAUUGUGCAAAAGGACACCACCCAUUCUCCAAAACCCCAUAACCUUGGAUCUGCUGCCAGCAACAGAAGUGAAAACCAAGUCACCUGCCAGACUUGCAAGAGGUUCACCGGUCGUCCUUGCGAAUUGAAGAAACACAUGAAGCGUCACGAGCGGCCAUAUGGCUGCACCUUCUUGACCUGCAACAAGACCUUUGGCAGCAAGAAUGAUUGGAAGCGUCAUGAAAAUUCUCAGCACUUUCACCUCGAGACUUGGCGAUGCGACGAAGAGAGACUUGAAGGCGGCGCAUGCGCCAAGGUGUGUUAUCGCCGACAGACUUUCCAAGAGCAUCUUGUAAAAGCGCAUCAGAUGGUGCUUGAUUCAGACCCCAUCAAGGCCAAGCUCGACAACUGUCGAAUUGGUCGCAACUGCCAAUCGCGCUUUUGGUGCGGUUUCUGUAACAGUCUGGUUGAGUUGAAGAAGAGGGGAGUCGAUGCUUGGACCGAGCGCUUCGACCAUAUUGAUGACCACUUCAUGGGACGGCACAAGCUGCCAAAACAAAGCAUCCAGGAUUGGGUCCCCAUGGACAGUGACAGGCCCAAAGGAGAGGUUGAGAGCCCGCACUCUCUCGGUUCCCCAGACGAGGACGGGCCUGGGCCUUCUCAAUCGGCCACGGGAUCUCCAACCGAAAACCCUCCCGAGUCCAAGGCUUCCACGGGCGGAUCGCCAGGUAUUGCAUCCAACCAUGAGGAGGGCCAUGCAGGUCCAAGUACCAAAAGAUGCAGGCCCAGCGGUGGCGAUGACCCACUUCCAGCCCAGAAGCGCGUGAAGCACGAUACCGUCGUCUACUGUGUAAGAAAGCCCUUUCCCUGA